GACUGUAGGGAUAGUUGUGCCUGCUAUGUUUAGGUGUCAAGAUGUCGAGUUAUGAAGUUCUUCGUGAUGGAAUUAUUCACCAUGCCACCAGUGUGCUUUGUAGCAACAAGGGGUCCAUGGCUUCCUCGCAGUUGUACGAGCAGAUCAUGAAGAGCUUUGAUGUGACCCAAGGCGACUUUUGGUUCAUCAUGAAGUGCGCUCGUUUUGAGGUGAAGCGCACCGGGUUGGAUGGUGACUCCGUGGUCGUGGCUAAAACCUCUCUACGUUUGUGCAAAGAAUAUUGGAAAGGGACUUGUUACGAGGAAAAGUGUGAGGAAUUGCAUAUUUGCAAAUAUUAUGUUUAUGGGAAUUGCAGAUUCGGGAAAAAUGAGUUCCGAAAACCGUGCAAGCAGUGCAAGCACUCCCACGACCUACGGUGCCCACACAACCAGUCGCUCCUUCGAGACUGCACCCUGCAGGACCUCCCCGAAGAGGACCUCUUCCUCCUGCUUAUGCAGAACGACCCGAGCCUGCUGCCAGAGGUGUGCGUCCACUACAACCGCGGCGGAGUGCCGGACGGGGCGUGCACCUUCAGGGACAGCUGCACCAAGCUGCACCUGUGCCUGCACCACGCCCAGGGCCGCUGCCGCUUCGGCGAGCGGUGCCAGCGGCUGCACGCGGUCGACCACCGGGGUCUGAAGCUGCUGCAGGAGAGGGGCCUGCGCGCCGGUGACUUCAUCCGAGACCUGCCGGGCAUCUACCAGAACCGCCACCACCUCCUAGCCGCCGCCGCGCAGCAAGCUAGCGGGGGGGCUAGCGGCCCCCAAGCCCCAACCCAAGAGACUCUGCGCCAGCCUGAAGAGUUCAACGCCAUUCGGGAGAAACGUAAAGCGGCCAAGAUCCGCUACAGAUCAUCUCAUCCAGCUCGCUCCAAGAUGGCGGUAGAUGGCCCUUCCUGCUCAUUAACCAACCCAGCUGAUGCCCAACCUUUCAGUGUUUCCCCACUUGGUAUUUCUGAUCUGAGACAUCAGCUGAGUUCGCCCGUCAUUCAGACAGAUCAGAGGACUUCCAACGUCGACAUCUGUCUCCACUUCCUCCGCAGAAGAUGCCAAUUUGAAGACCAGUGCAUGCUUGUGCACUUCAACAUGCCCUAUAAGUGGGAGGUUCUGAAGGGCGGAGCCUGGCGUGACCUGAGGCACAUGGAGGAGAUUGAGUUGGCCUACUGCGACCCUGAAGCCAGGAAAAGCCCUGGCUCCAGGCCGGUGGACUUCCUCACCAUGACCCAGGGGAGCAGGUCUUUCCCGGUGCGCCGGCUGACCACGGUGUCGUCGGUGACCAAGCCCCCCCACUACACCCUGACCACGGAGUGGGUGUGGUACUACCGGGACAACCACAGGAGCUGGGUGGAGUACGGCCAGCCCGACAGCGGACAACGUACCACCUCUGUGACCUCCCGGGACCUGGAGCAGGCUUAUCAGAAGAACCCCUUGAAUAAGGUCCCGAUAAUGAAGGGCUUCCGGAAAUACCUCCUCAGCUUUAAGGACAUGUACCAGUGGAACCAGGCGUCGGACACCAGGAGACCCGUGCGCCGCCGCCCUCGCUUCCUGUCCGCCGCCGGCCUGGCGACACUGACGGCCCGAUAGAGCGAGGGUCUCUCUCUCUCUCUCUCUCUCUCUCUCUCUCUCUCUCUCUCUCUCUCUCUCUCUCUCUGAGACCCACUUGUGCCUUUGACAAUGCACAGAUAAUCAUAGGUGUCCAUAUAAGGUCAAAGGGAGUUCCCCUUCCUGAAUCAUGGAUGCUGUGCUUAAUGUGAUUGGAUGGUUCUUGAAGAGGUUAUUUUUUGAAGGAGGAAGUGGAAUUCGGAAUAGUUGAAGUCUUUUCCCUCCACAUGUUACAGUUGCGUUUGCUCUCGUGUUACAGAAGCAAGAACUGAAAUGACCUUAAACCUUUCUAUGUUUAAAGUUGAAGUAUACUGUACAUAGGUGGCUGUUUAGUACUUUGUCUCAUACAGUUUAUGUAGCAAUAUCCAUAUUAUAUAUAUUUGUAAAUCUAUAUUGGCCUAUCUAUAUCUAUCUAUCUAUCUAUCUAUCUAUCUAUCUAUCUAUCUAUCUAUCUAUCUAUCUAUCUAUCUAUCUAUCUAUCUAUCUAUCUAUCUAUCUAUCUAUCUAUCUAUCUAAUAUGUAUUUUUUUUAGAUCUGUCUACACAUGUGGGCUACAAUUUAUUUGUGCUUCUAUUAAUUGCAGGAAACAUAUUAAAUCUACUUUAAAAUGA